CUAACUGACAGCAGAGCGGGCGAUAACUCUGUGCCCAAUUUUUCACUUUCGAUUCAGGCGAAACGCAAGUGAUCGCACUUUCUUCUUCACGGAAGCCACAGUAUUCAUGACUCCGCCAAGAAGAUGAUAAAAUUGCUGAAAAUGUUCCGAACGCCGACACUUUUUUUGUUGUUAUUGUGGACAACUGUACCGAGGGGGACAUGCUCGACUUCUGUGGAGGAUGCCUUCACCAUCCAGCACUCCAUCACAGGGAAUUGUUUAUCUGCUCAGGAUUCGGGAAGUCUGGGUGUCUCCACCUGUGAUGCAAACAGCACGUCGUUCCACUUGUGGAAGUGGGGCUCAGGUCACCGCCUCUUCCAUGUGGCUACUUCCCUCUGUUUGGCAUUAGACAUCCACUCCAAGUCCUUGUCCCUGGCGGACUGCGACUCGAACAUGCGGCUAUCGUGGCGCUGCCUGGAUGGAGUUGUGUUCACAGUCUACCAAAUGGGCCUGGUGGUAAGCGGAGGCCAGUUAGCAGCCAAACGCUACGGCCAGGACACGUGGGUGAGAGGAGGCUCUCUGGACAGCAUCUGCCAGAGGCCAUAUCGUGUCAUUCACACCACCAAUGGAAACGCUGCCGGCGCUCCCUGCGAGUUCCCCUUCAAGUACAAUGGAAGCUGGCAUCAUGGAUGCCUCCCCGAUUCUGACUUGCCGGGACUCUCCUGGUGCGCCACCUCCUCUGACUACGAUCAAGACAGACAGAAGGGGACCUGUCUAAAACCUGAGACGGGUUGCCAGACUCUGUUCACCGGACCGGAGGGGAACUCCUGCUAUGAAUUUGUUCCCAAUGCCGCCGUGACCUGGCAGCAAGCUCUGGAUUCCUGUCGAAGCCAAGGAGCAGAUUUGCUCAGUGUGUCUAGUCCCUAUGAUCUUCAUUCCCCUACAUUUUUAGAUGGCCUCGAUGUGAUGCCUGACAGAAUGUGGAUAGGCCUCCAUCAGCUCGACGCUUCUCAGGGCUGGCAGUGGUCAGAUGGCUCCCCGCUCUCAGUCCUGCGUUGGGAAGCAGGAAUGCCUCCCAGCUCUCUAAUCAUCGAGUCGGACUGUGGUGUUCUGAACUCCAAGCAGAACUAUGAAGCUGAAGCGUGCAGCAAACAUCUCCCAUACAUCUGCAAGAAAAUAGUGAAUGCUACUCAAACAGGGCCAACAGAAUCACUCAUGUAUAAAGACACAGUGUGUGCUCCUGGUUGGGUCCCAUGGAAUGGCUGGUGUUACAAAUUAGUAACGGACAAGCCGUCAAACUUCAGCGACGCACAGCAGUACUGUAACUCCACAGAGGGAGGAAGCUCUCUUGCCAGCCUCCACUCCAUUGACAGCAAGGAGAUGAUCGCCACGAGUUUUCAUGCUGAUGGCCAGCGGAUGAGUGUGUGGAUUGGUCUUUUGGGAGAUGGCGUCAAUCCCACUGUUUUCAAAUGGGUGGACCAUACACCAGUCACCUUCACAUUCUGGGGCCCAAACCAGCCGCUGCAGCCUUUCCAAGAUACCAGCUGCGUUUUCUACUCUGAGUCUCACAGUUGGCGGGUUGGCCGCUGUUCUGACAAACGAGCUUUCAUGUGUCAGACGAAAGGAGAAAUCAACGAACCAUCGGGGACGGCCGGCUGUCGCUUUGAAGACGGCUGGAGGAGACACGGCAACUCCUGUUACAGAAUGAACACCACACAAGUGUCCUUCAAAGAUCGCUGUAACAUUACCAUACGAAACAGGUUUGAGCAGGCCUUCAUCAGCCGUUUGCUUGGCCCUUAUAUUACUAAUGUGCCUCAGUAUUUUUGGAUUGGGCUGCAAGACGUUAAGCACACUGGAGAGUAUCAAUGGCAUGGCCAGAAUAAUACCCAAGGUGAAGUUACGUACACCAAUUGGGGCUCUUUUGAACCAGCGCACAGUGGAGGUUGUGCUGUGAUUGCCGCUGCAAACCAUCUGGGCAAAUGGGAGGUGAAAAACUGUACGCUUUUUAAUGCCGGCACCAUUUGUAGGACAGACCUCAGUCCAGUUCUGCCACCAGAACCAGAACUAGACCCAACCUUGCCAUGCCCAGAUGGAUGGGUAUCCGUAUUGGGUUUCAAAUACUGCUACAAGGUGUUUCAUGAGGAGAGGCUCAGUCGUAAACGUUCAUGGGAGGAAGCUGAGAGGUUUUGUCAGGCCCUUGGAGCCAACCUGCCUAGCUUCACCACUCUGGAUGAGAUGAAAGUGCUGCAUGAUCUCAUGAGAAACACCAUCAGUGAUGACCGCUACUUCUGGGUCGGCCUGAACAGAAGAAACCCAGCCGACCGCUCUUGGCAGUGGAGUGAUGGCCGUCCUGUUACUAUGGACAUUUUACAUCAAGACUUCCAUGAGGAUGAUGCGUACAGUCGGGACUGCACUGCAUUUAAGACAACGAAGACAACCAUGAAGCAUUUGUUCAUUUAUUUACUCCACGAACUUCUUCCUGAACCUUUCUCUGCAUCACCAUUUCACUGCGAUGCCAAGCUGGAAUGGGUCUGCCAAAUUCCUCGCGGAAAGCAACUAUCGUAUCCAGACUGGUACAAUCCAGGUGUGCACCAUGAAACAUCCAUCUUCAUUGAUGGAGGCGAGUAUUGGUUUGUGAACGAACCUCAGCUGACUUUUGAGGAGGCGAUUCUGUUUUGCAAUAUGAAUGGCAGCAAGCUUGCUUCGCCGCCAAGCUCCACUGCUGCCAGAGUCAUCCAUGAGAACCUACAAAAGUUGUCAAGUUCUCCCAAGCAAGGUUGGUGGCUCAAUCUGAGAGAUCCCAAGCGGAUGUUCCCUAUGACGCAUUCGCGGCUGCACUUCUAUUAUUCAGCUCUCUUUGGGAGAUGCACCUCCAUCAGCCCUGAGAGCUUCGUUUCGAAGUAUGAGCACAGUUGCAAUAAGCAGUUGCCCUUUGUGUGCGAAAGACUUAACAUCACAACCGUGGAGAGCAACCCUCUGGGUAAGCCAGGAGGCUUGCCUUGUGGAAAUGCCUCCCUGGCUUUCAGAAAUGAGUGCUACACACUGCUGUCGAAUACAAAGCCAGUGUCAUUCAAGACGGCCAAUGAGAUGUGCCUGUCAGUGAGGGGAACCCUGGUCACCAUAUCUGACCAAGUGGAGCAAGACUUCAUCACCAGCCUGUUGCCAAGAAUGAAAGACAUGGGAGGCAUAUGGGUUGGUCUCAAACUGAAACGUAGCAAACUGGAAUGGGUGGACAACUCACCGGUGAAUUACAUUAAUUUCCAUCCGCUGCUCGGUGGAAUGCUCAAGGCCAUAAAUGUCAAUCCGCUUGAGCCAGACCACAUGGACUUGUGUGGCUUUAUGAUUAACAGCCCUAACUCGGCUGUGAUGGGCACGUGGGAUUACACCUCCUGUACCCAGUACCAACAUGCGGCGAUUUGCCAACAUUAUGCAGAUCAAAUUGAGGCGCCUAGCGUCACAACCGAGCCCUUCCAGAUUAACAACCACACCUUCCAGCUACUCAUCAAGAACGUCACCUGGUUCGAAGCCUUGGAACAGUGCAUAAAUAUGGACAUGGAUUUGGCGAGCGUUGCCGAUACCCUCCUGCAGUCCACGCUUAGCGUGCACGUGAGCCGUGCACGCACGCCCAUGUGGAUCGGCCUCUUCAGUGAAGAUGACGGGAUCCACUAUCGCUGGACAGACCACAGUCACACUGUCUUCAGUCGCUGGUCUGCUGAGGUCACAACGGGCUCCUGCGUCUACCUGGACACUGAUGGAUUCUGGAAAGCAACCGAGUGCGAGCAGGAGCUCGGAGGUGCCAUCUGCCACAAACCACACAAAGAAAUAAUAACCACACCGGAAGACGUUGCAGUCAAGUGCCCUCACAAAAUAAACGGCCCAAACUGGAUCCCCUUCAAGAACAACUGCUACUCCUUUCAGCUGGCUGCAUCCAGAUGGGAGCACAUGGUCGUAGGGCCCAUCCGCAGAACUUGCAUUGACCUUCACAAAGGCGCGGAUAUCCUAACCAUCCGGAAUGCAGAAGAGAACGAGUUUAUCAGGCAGCAACUUCUGCCCUUUCAAAAUUUGGUUCAGUUUGUGUGGCUGGGGCUGUUCAAAAACACCAGUAGUAACCAGUUGAAGUGGUACGAUGGCACUAAUGUCCAAUAUUCCAAUUGGAGGAAUGGUAGACCAGAAAUAGACGACUUCUUCAUGGCUGGUGUCAAUCUCCAAGGCAAAUGGGUCCUCACCACCAACCAAAUGCUAUUCUCCGAGUUCAGGCAAAGAUCCAUCGUGACAUGCAAACUGGAUAAUGAGCAAAAACAGGAGUACUCCAAGUCCACCAGUGACUAUCAGCACCUUGGCAAUUUAACUUACACAGUGGUGAUGCGACGUGGGCUGAGUUGGUACCAGGCUCUGGAAGAGUGCGCCCAGCGUGGAGGCCACCUAGCCAGUGUGCAUGACGCCGAGCACCACGCACAUGUGAAGCUCCUCGCAAAGACAGAUGGAUACCCACUCUGGAUUGGCCUGUCCAACCAGGAGGAAGAGGGGGAGUCCUGGAAGUGGUCGGACGGGACCAGUUACCAGUACAAAGGGGACAUCUCCGAGUCCGUGGAUGGCGCCAGCCAAGGCGAGCGAGAUGUGGGCAGCUGUGUUUUUGUCACACCUUCCGGUGCCUGGGUGAGGAGCAGCUGCUACUCACUGCAAGAUGGCGCCAUUUGCUACAGCACCAACGUCAGCACCCCAUUCCAGAGAGCCAAGCUGCAGGCGAGCGUACAGGUCAACGACUGCCCUCAGAGCAACGGCACGUCCAAGUGGGUGCAGCGCAACGACCGCUGCUACGCCUUCGACAUGAGCUUCUACAACUACAGCGUCUACGACAUGCAGCAGGCCAAGAGCAUCUGUCAGAGCAUGGACGCUCAAAUGCUAUCUGUCAAGAGCAAAGAGGAGAAUGACUUUGUGGCCAAGUACGUGAGCGACGACCCUCUCAUCACCAGUCGGUUGUGGCUCGGCGUUGCCCUCGAUGCUCAAGGUUCUCCCACAGGCUGGGAGGACGGUUCGGCUCUGUCCUACUCCAACUGGAAGUCGGGCGCCUUGGUUAGCGCGGCGCGGCAGAAGGAGGUCCCGUGUGCCGUCAUGGCGACCGAGGAUGGAGGGAGCUGGGGUGUCGUCAGCUGCCAGGCCAGCCUCAGUCGUGUCGUCUGUCAAACCGGAGCCAAGUCUUCUGGUUCUCCCGUGGCCGUGGGCUUCUUUGUGCUCAUCCUGGUCGCUCUCGUGCUUACCGUGGCUUUCAUCGUGUACAAGAAGAAGCGAGCCCACUUCUCAUCGGUGCGCUACAAGAGGACCACCGACCAGUUGGACACCACCAGUAUUAUUACAGAAGACGAAUGAGACAGGCGGAAUGGUUGCCUCAGGGAGUUUGGCUGUGAAGCCUUUUCACCCCCCCCCAACCUUUUUAUUGGUUAAUUUAUUUAUUUAUCAAUGCUCCCACCUGCUUCUAUGAAGAUGGUAAAAAUAUAAUCAGACUGCUUGAAUGCAGUGACUUAAUUUGGAAGCUUUUAGAUUUUUGAAGUGCAGUGAGCCCCCCGGUUCAUCAGAGCGACAUGAUAGACACACCCACUGUAGGUGAAAAUCUACAAUUCAGCGGGACCAGACACAUUUAGGGGAAUUAAAUAAAUAAAUAAAUAAAUAAGCACUUCCGCUCAAUUUAACCACAGUUAAAACUUAAAAACACACUUUUAGCAUUUGCUACCGCCGUCUCAGUCAAACAAUAUAAUUUUGUCAGAUGAACGUCGCCUGGGUUAACGCUAACAAUUAUGCCACAGUAAUCCCUUGCCACUUCAGGCUUCACCUUUUGCAGCUUCAAUAUUUCACGGAUUUUGUAAGAAAUUAAUGCGAAAAAUAAUUCACGACAAGCGAGACUAACUGGCAGCGAGUGGCGGGAGAACAGCGUUUAAA